AUGGGGUUUGAUGAGGAGAUACAUGCACUAACACAGAUCAAGCAUCGCAAUAUUGUUUCUCUAAUUGGUCAUUGUAACAAGGACGACGAGAAGAUUCUAGUGUACGAAUACAUAGAUAAUCAGACACUAAGUGAUCACCUCCACAGAAGGUUGAGGGACGGCCACUCAGAGUUCUCGUGGAAUCAACGACUUACUAUCUUGAUAGGAGUUGCACGAGGAUUGUAUCAUCUUCACCAUUGCAUCGACAUCGGCUCAUUCAUACACAGUGAUCUGAAGAGUUCCAACAUUCUUUUAGACAAGAAUCUCGUGGCUAAAGUUGUAGAUUUUGGCUUGGCCAAGUAUGUGAGCUUGGAUCACCCACUUAGCUAUAUUUUUACCGAUGGUAAGGGCACGUGUGGGUACAUGGAUCCGUAUUAUAUAUUAACUAGGAAGCUUAUAAAGGAUAGUGACACGUAUUCAUUUGGGAUGGUGAUGCUUGAAGUUUUGAGUGGUAGACAGGUCAAUGAUCAAGGUCGUCCAGAGGGAGAAAUCAACUUAUCCGCUUGGGCUUUAGCAAAAGAAGCUACGGACAUUCUGGAUCCAUUUUUUCAUGGGAACAUAAUUGCAUAUUUGAAGGAGAUGACUCCUAUUGAUGCAGGAUCAAGAGGAAGUAUGGUUUAUUGGUCAACCAUCCCUGCCAGUGGACAGAAAGUUGCUUUUAAAAUCUACAAAUGUCAGGUUCCAGAACAAGAAUUUCUAGCACAGGUUGCGACAGUAUCAAGCUUGAAUCAUAAAAAUGUAGUAAAGCUACAUGGUUAUUGGAUGACAAACGAUUCUGAUUACUACAUGUUUGAGUUUGCUUCAAAAAAGUCCUUACAUUACAUUCUAUACGGAUUGUCAUGGGGAAUAAGAUUUAAGAUUGCUAUCGACAUUGCUAAAGGGCUUUCCUACAUUCACGCUGAGAAAGAUUUGAUUCAUCGUAACCUCAAGUCUAGCAAUGUGUUAAUUUUUGAAGAUGGAACUGCCAAGAUAGCCGAUCUUUAUAUAACCAACCCGUGUGCUUGUAAUCCUAAAUUCCAGUUUCCUGUUCGUGGCGGAACGCCACCAUUUUCAAAAGAUGGUGAUACGAAGCCUGGUGAUGUCUACAGCUAUGGGGCGCGACAACCCUCCUGCCGGCAAGCACCGAGUCUCUGCCGCUCAGCAGCGCCACCGCUCGCUGCUGCUGCACCGUCACCGCCGCUGCGAUCAGAUCGUCCGCAAAAGCAGCCAGAUACAACGUCGACUAUUGAGCAGCCACUCUACGCUGCACCGAGAGCUUGUCAGCCGUUGCAAUCGCUGCCCGUGUCAGCUCCAUUCUUGGCCUCUACUCGUCAUCCACUGGCUGGUGUAUCAAGCACAAGGAAAGAGGAGUGGGAAACGCAUUUGCACGAUGGUGAAGAAAAGAGGGAAGAUAAGUUGACAGAACUUAAUAGUGUGUGGAAUCAACAAGAGAAAGUGAGUGACUCUACUGCCAAAAGAGAAGAAGAGGUCAAUAAAAAUUUUCCCAAGCUGAUCAAGAAAGAGACUAAAGCUGAAGCUCUUUGA